GUCCCACCCCUUGUACCUGUGCAACGCCAGUGAUGAUGACAACCUGGAGCCUGGAUUCAUCAGCAUUGUCAAGCUGGAGAGUCCUCGGCGCGCCCCUCGCCCCUGCCUGUCACUGGCCAGUAAGGCCCGAAUGGCAGGCGAGCGGGGAGCCAGCGCUGUGCUCUUUGACAUCACGGAGGACCGAGCAGCUGCCGAGCAGCUGCAGCAGCCCCUGGGGCUGACUUGGCCAGUGGUGCUGAUCUGGGGUACCGAUGCCGAGAAACUGAUGGAGUUUGUUUAUAAGAACCGGAAGGCCCAUGUGAGGAUUGAACUGAAGGAGCGCCCAGCCUGGAAAGAUCAUGACGUGUGGAUCCUCCUGACCGUGGUGGGCACCGUCUUUGUGAUCAUCCUGGCGUCUGUGCUGCGCAUCAGGUGUCGCCCCCGCCAUAGCAGACCGGACCCUCUUCAGCAGCGGACAGCCUGGGCCAUCAGCCAGCUGGCUACCAGGAGGUACCAAGCCAGCUGUAGGCGGGCUCAAGCUGAGUGGCCAGACUCAGGGAGUAGCUGCAGCUCGGCCCCCAUGUGUGCCAUCUGCCUGGAAGAAUUCUCAGAAGGGCAGGAACUGCGGGUCAUUUCCUGCCUCCACGAGUUCCAUCGUUCCUGCGUGGACCCCUGGCUACACCAGCAUCGGACUUGUCCCCUCUGCAUGUUCAACAUCGUAGAGGGAGACUCAUUUUCCCAGGCUCUGGGAGCCUCUCCAUCUUACCAGGAGCCAGGCAGGAGACUGCAUCUCAUUCGCCAGCACCCUGGCCACGCCCAUUAUCACCUCCCUUCGGCUUACCUGUUGGGCCCUUCCAGGAAUUCAGUGGCCAGGACCCCAAGGUCUAGACCCUUCCUGCCCUCCCAGGAUCCAAGUAUGGGCUCUCGCCAUCAACACCUCCCCAGGCCUUCACAUCUCCGGGGACCAGAAGAACAGCAGCACCUGGCAGCAUCUCAGCACCCCUAUGCACAAGGCCAGGGCCUGCACCGCCUCCGAUGUACCUCUCAGCACCCCACAGCUUGCCCAGUGGCCCUACGACGGGCCAGGCUUCAUGACAGCAGCGGAUCUGGAGAAAGCUACUGUACGGAACGCAGUGGCUACUUGGCAGAUGGGCCAGCCAGUGACUCUAGCUCAGGGCCCUGUCAUGGCUCCUCCAGCGACUCGGUGGUCAAUUGCACGGACAUCAGCCUGCAGGGUAUUCAUGGCAGCAGUUCUACCUUCCGAAGCUCCCUGAGCAGUGACUUUGACCCCUUGGUGUACUGCAGCCCUGAAGGGGAUCCUCAAGGGAAAGGGAUGCAACCUAAUGUGACCUCGCGACCCCGUUCUCUGGACUCAGUGGUACCCACAGGGGAGACCCAGGUCUCCAGCCACAUACACUAUCACCGUCACCGCCACCACCACCACUACAAAAAGCGGUUCCAAUGGCAUGGCAGGAAACCUGGCCCAGAUCCUGGGGUCCCACAGUCCAGGCCUGAUGCCUCUCAGACUCAGCUGGAGCCAUCUUUCCCUGACCAGCAGCAGUUCACCACACCCAACCCAACAGCUUCUUCAGUGCUCCCCAACCCACAACGGCCCAGGGCCCUCACAGAGCCAGCCCCUGGCCUAGCAGAAGCUGCUAGCCCCAGCCCCAGCCCCAGCCCCAGCCCCAGCCCCAGCCCCAACCCCAACCCCAACAGUCUUUUGAACUUGCAGAAAUCCAGCCUUAUGGUCCGACACCCACAGAGAAAACGGCGGAGUGGCCCCUCAGAGCCCGUGCCAACCUCGCGGCCACAGGACUUGACUGUGCGCCCGCCUUGCCAGGUUUUCCCCCACUAUGGCCCCAGCCUGGCAUACCCUUGGCCCCCAGAGGUGCAUCCGCUGAUCUUCAGACCUCCAGGCCUGGAUAGGAGGCUGCUACAUGAAGUCCCAGGCCCUUGUUACUCAAGUUCACAGCCAGUGUGGUUGUAUCUGACUCCCCGUCAGCCUCUGGGACCAUGCUCGCCUGGAGAGGGACAUUCCAAGUGGAGUUCUGACACCCCAGAGGGCAGGCCAUGCCCUUACCCACACUGCCAGGUGCUGCCAGCCCAGCCUGGCUCGGAGGAGGAGCUGGAAGAGCUGUGUGAACAGGCUGUGUGACACAAGACGGUCAGCCAAGAGUGCGUUCUAGAAGACCCAGGCUUCCACCCAGCACAGGCUCCUGCUCCCGGGAGAAGCA